CCCGGGUGAUUUUUGGGCGCAGCCAUGGCGGUAUCGGGGUACCUGAACCUGGCAGCCGACGCCGCCCACAACUUCACGGACGGGCUGGCGCUGGGAGCGGCGUUUUGGGGGAGCCCGGCCCGGGGGGCUCUGACGGCGCUGUCGGUGCUGCUGCACGAACUUCCUCACGAAUUGGGGGACAUGGCCCUGCUGCUGCGCGCCGGCUGCUCCAAGGGACAGGCCAUGCUGCUGCAACUUCUGACCGCCGUGGCCGCCUUGGCCGGAGCCGCCUGCUCCCUUCUGGCGGAAGGUUCCGGAACCGGAGCCGUCUCCGGGAUCCUUCCCUUCACCGCCGGCGGAUUCAUUUACCUGGGAACCGUCUCCGUGCUUCCCGAAAUCCUCCGGAAUUCCGGCCCCGCCCAGGCCCUGCUGCAACUCCUGGCGCUGCUGGCCGGCGUGGCCAUGAUGCUGCUCAUCGCCCACUACGAGUAGGGAAUUUCCCCCUCAAAAAUUCCCAAAAAAUUCCCAAAAAACACCCAAAAAAUCCCCUCAAAAUUCUCAAAAAAUCCCACGAAAAUU